GUUCGAUUUUCACGCUCCCUCCCAAAACCCACAACUCUUUCUUUCUAGGGUUUUGUAGAGAGAAUGGAAGAAUCAAUUCUAUCAUUAGUAAGCAAUCUAGAAAUUCUAGACACACUCAGCGCUGAUUCAGUUCAAGAAAUUGUUGGCAGCUAUGGCAGUUUCUGUUCCGCCACCCUAUCUCUUCUCCACGGAGGCGACGCCUCCGAUCUCUUCUCCCACGUUCAAAUCCUCUGCAAGCACGGCCUCCUUUCUCUCGUUCGCGAUUUCUUUCUCAAGUCACUAGAGGAAGCUUUCGAGAGAAACCUAGCGUCAAAAUUUUGGCGGUAUUUUGAUUGUUAUAGCAAUGUAGGAGCUAAUUAUGAAAUUGAGUUGCAGCAAGUUUUGUGCAGAGCACUUGAAGAGAUUUCGUUAGAGAAACAGUAUCAGGAGAAGUGUUUGUUACUGUUAGUUCGUGCUUUAUUACUGGAAGGAAAAACUGAUUCUGAUGUCGAAAGAGAAUAUCUUUUUUCCAAGUAUCGAUUGAUGGUUUCUUCAGUUCUAAUGGCUAGUCUUCCUCGCCAUUUUCCUGAACUACUACACUGGUAUUUUAAGGGAAGGCUGGAGGAGCUGAGUACAAUAAUGGAUGGAGAGUUUAAUGGUGGUGAUGAUGAUGGUGGUGAUGAUGAUGCUUCUCAAGAUAAAGAUGACAUGGAUUUAGAUGAGAUGGGGAAAAUGUUACAUAGGAAUGGUGCGAUGGAUAUUGAUGAAAGCUGCCUACAAGGGAAAUUUACAGAGAAUAACAAUUUAGUGAAGAAUAUUGGAAAGGUUGUACGUGACCUCAGAAGUCUUGGAUUCACAUCUAUGACUGAAGAUGCGUAUGCUUCUGCCAUCUUUUUGCUUCUGAAGGCUAAAGUACAUGAUCUGGCCGGCGACGAUUACAGGGCUUCAGUUUUGGGCUCCAUUAAUGAGUGGAUCAAGGAUGUGCCUCUCCAAUUCUUGCAUGCACUCCUUGCUUAUCUUGGUGAGACUACUAGCUAUUAUAGCCCUUCACCAGGUCACAGGUCACCUCUUGCUUCUCACCCUUCAGCUUGUUAUCCUGCAAUUAAUGCUCCCUCUGAAGGACUUGUUAGAUGGCAUUUGCGACUAGAGUAUUUUGCUUAUGAAACAUUGCAAGAUUUGAGGAUUUCCAAACUAUUUGAGAUUAUUGUUGACUAUCCUGAUAGCUCUCCUGCAAUCGAAGACUUGAAGCAGUGCCUUGACUAUACUGGACAGCAUUCUAAACUUGUGGAGUCUUUUAUUUCUGCAUUGAGAUAUCGCUUGCUCACUGCAGGUGCCUCAACCAAUGAUAUAUUGCAUCAGUAUGUUUCGACUAUUAAAGCACUGCGGACAAUUGACCCGGCUGGUGUCUUUCUUGAAGCUGUUGGUGAACCAAUAAAAGACUAUUUAAGGGGUAGAAAAGAUACAAUAAAAUGCAUUGUCACCAUGCUCACUGAUGGGACUGGUGGGAAUCCAAAUGGAUCUGGAAUUACUGGCGAUAGUCUUCUUGAAGAAUUAAAUAGGGAUGAGGAAAGUCAGGAGAAUGUUGGUGCUGAUGAUGAUUUCAACACAGAUGACAAGCAGGCAUGGGUCAAUGCUGCAAGCUGGGUGCCUGAUCCUGUCGAGGCUGAUCCAUUGAAGGGCAGCAGGAAUCAAAGGAAGGUUGACAUACUAGGGAUGAUUGUCGGCAUAAUUGGUUCAAAAGACCAACUUGUCAAUGAAUACCGUGUUAUGCUGGCUGAAAAGCUUCUCAACAAAUCUGAUUAUGAUAUUGACUUGGAAAUACGUACUUUAGAACUCCUCAAGAUACAUUUUGGAGAGAGUAGUAUGCAAAGGUGUGAAAUUAUGCUUAACGAUCUUAUUGAUUCCAAGAGGACAAACCACAAUAUUAAAGCAACAAUUAAGUCAGCUCAAACAGGUUCAGAACCAGCAGAAACAGGGGCAUCUAUGGAUAUCCUUAAUGCUACAAUCCUAUCUUCAAAUUUUUGGCCUCCAAUCCAGGAUGAGGCUCUUAAUGUACCUGAACCUGUAAACCAGCUACUCACUGAUUAUGCAAAAAGAUUCCAUGAAAUCAAGACCCCUCGUAAGCUACUCUGGAAGAAAAAUCUUGGAACAGUCAAGUUGGAGUUGCAAUUUGAAGAUAGAACAAUGCAGUUAAGCGUGGCUCCCAUACAUGCUGCAAUUAUCAUGCAAUUUCAAGACCAAACAAGUUGGACCUCAAAUAGGCUUGCUACUGUUAUUGGAGUACCUGUGGAUGUGUUGAAUCGGAGGAUAAAUUUUUGGAUAAGCAAGGGAAUUCUUACAGAAUCACUGGGCAAAGACUUGAAUGAUCAUGUAUUUACCCUAGUGGAAAGCAUUGUCGAUGCUGGCAAAAACAGUGGCAAUACUGGUAGUUGUGAGGAGUUGUUAGGAGGUGAUGAGGAGGGAGAGAGAUCUGUAGCCUCUGUCGAGGACCAGAUACGCAAGGAAAUGACCAUCUAUGAGAAGUUUAUAAUGGGCAUGCUCACCAAUUUCGGCAGCAUGGCAUUGGAUCGCAUUCACAAUACUCUCAAGAUGUUUUGCGUAGCUGAUCCUCCUUACGACAAGUCACUCCAACAAUUGCAAAGCUUUUUAUCAGGUCUGGUUUCUGAAGAGAAGUUAGAACUUAGAGAUGGGAUGUACUUCUUGAAGAAGUAAAAGCUGGCAUUCUUGUAAUUCACCCAUCAACUAUUGAAAUAGUAAGCAUGUACAGGAAGAUAUUGAUAUAGCUUAUCAGAGGGAGGUUUGGAACAGCAAAUGCAGCUUUAUGAAGAUGGAGAUCUCUGUAGCAAGACUGUCUCCCUUCCAAUUAUCAGCAAUCCCAACUGUCCUCUUGAAUCAUAUCCAACUCCCGUUAUGCCAAGUACUCCUGCUAUGCACGUCGGGUGAUUUCUAGGAGCUUUCCAUACAUUGAUUACAGGACAGAAAACAAAAGAUGAGUUGCAAUUUCCCAACAAAAUUUAUAAGGGUGUCCUUUUGUGGCUUCCUUUAUUAAUUAAAACAAUGACCCCUCGCUGUCACCGUUAAUUAAUUAAAUUUGUGUCAUAUGUGGUUGAAAACAUUGAUCGGCCCAGCAGGAAGAGGUGGAUUCCAAAAGACCAUCUUAAAUUUUGAAUGGUGGAAAACGAGCAAGUAAAGUAGACAUUGAAUGAAGAUGUUUUGAUCA